AUGGACCAUGGGUCCUACUCCCGUCGCUCGUGGGCCGACAAGGUCGAGGAGGAUGAGGCUGCUCGGAGUGCCGCCAGAUCUGCACUUCUGGAGCUUCCCCCUUUGGCCGCAGCUGCCCACGCCGCCUGCGUGCUCAGAGCGAGCUCACUUGACCCCGACAUUGAACCCUUUGUCGGCUCUUCGGGGGUGGGGGAGAACAGGCUGCACUUCACCGACUCGAAGGCCUCCUUCGGCGACUCCGAUGCUCCUCCGCCGUCGGGUCGCGGCAAGGAGAUCCUGCGUCCACGAUGA